AUGAGAACAUCCAAUAGCAGCUUCUUCCAUCCUUCGACCUUUGUCCUGACAGGUAUCCCCAGGGUGGAAGCUGGGCAUAUCUGGAUCUCCAUCCCAUUCUGCUCCCUGUACCUUAUAUCCAUCCUCGGCAACAGCACGAUCCUGUUUGUAAUCAAGGCAGAGCAGAGCCUCCAUGAUCCCAUGUACUUCUUCCUGUGCAUGCUGGCCAUCACUGACAUGGGUGUGUGUCUGUCCACGCUCCCGACGGUGCUGAGAGUGAUGCUGUUCAAUUCAAGGGAGAUCAAGUUUGAUGCCUGUCUCGCCCAGAUGUUCUUCAUCCAUUGCUUUUCUAUCAUGGACUCCGGGGUGCUUUUGGUUAUGGCUUUUGACCGCUUUGUGGCCAUCUACAACCCCCUGCGGUACGCCUCCAUCCUGACCAACCCACGGGUCACCUUGAUAGGGGUUGUGCUCACGGUGAGGAGCAUUGCUCUCCUGGUCCCCUUGCCCGUGCUUCUGAGGAGGUUGCCCUUCUGCAGGUCCAAUGUGUUAGCUCACGCCUUUUGCUUGCACCCCAACCUAAUUCAGCUGCCAUGCGCGGACACCACGGUCAACAGCGUGUACGGGCUCUUUGUCCUCCUGGCCACGUUCGGGCUAGACUCGUUGUCUAUUGUCCUCUCCUAUGUCAUGAUCAUUAAGACCGUGCUGAGAAUUGCAUCCAGGAAAGAGCGUCUCAAGGUCCUGAACACUUGUGUGUCCCACAUCUGCGCUGUCCUCAUAUACUACAUCCCCAUGAUCGGCUUAUCACUGGUGUACAGAUUCGGCAAACACGCCUCCCCCCUGGUCCACGUCCUUAUGGCCAAUAUCUACCUCCUGGUGCCCCCCAUGCUGAACCCCAUCAUUUACAGCAUCAAAACAAAACAGAUUCGUAGGGGGGUCUGGAAAAUGUUGUCUCCAAAGGGGUGCUGA